CCGCAGAGGAAGUCGUCGCGAUGUCCGAGACCGCUCCCACUGCCGCCCCCGAUGCGCCCGCGCCCGGCGCCAAGGCGGCCGCCAAGAAGCCGAAGAAGGCGGCGAGCGGCUCCAAAGCCCGCAAGCCCGCGGGGCCCAGCGUCACCGAGCUGAUCACCAAGGCCGUGUCCGCCUCCAAGGAGCGCAAGGGGCUCUCCCUCGCCGCGCUCAAGAAGGCGCUGGCCGCCGGCGGCUACGAUGUGGAGAAGAACAACAGCCGCAUCAAGCUGGGGCUCAAGAGCCUCGUCAGCAAGGGCACCCUGGUGCAGACCAAGGGCACCGGCGCCUCCGGCUCCUUCCGUCUCAACAAGAAACCCGGGGAAGUGAAAGAAAAAGCCCCCAAGAAAAGGGCGCCUGCAGCUAAGCCCAAGAAGCCGGCGGCGAAGAAGCCCGCCAGCGCUGCCAAGAAGCCCAAGAAAGCUGCGGCGGUGAAGAAGAGCCCUAAGAAGGCGAAAAAGCCGGCGGCUGCAGCGGCCAAAAAAGCGGCCAAGAGCCCCAAGAAAGCCGCAAAGGCAGGCCGCCCCAAGAAGGCAGCGAAGAGCCCGGCUAAGGCAAAGGCGGUGAAGCCCAAAGCAGCCAAGCCUAAGGCAGCCAAACCCAAAGCGGCUAAGGCGAAGAAGGCGGCGCCCAAGAAGAAGUAAAUUGUACCAGAAGAGUUUUGUUCUACAUAUUCUGUUAUCCAACGGCUCUUUUAAGAGCCACCCACGCUUUCCCUAAAGGAGCUGAUGCACCGAAGUCGUCCGUAAUCUGCAGCAAGGGUCCAGCAAUUCUAACUUGCCUAGCUUCUCCCCAUGACUGCUUUGGGUUCUCCUUUCAAAGCAGUCCUCUUUGCAGUCUUAAAGACACCCUACCCAGAUGUCAUCACCCAGUACUAGUAAGAGGUCAUGGUGUUCAAAUAGAUCAUCCUGGUAGAGCAGGUAUUAUUGCUGCAGCCACCAAACCAUGAUGGAAUUAAGCAGAUGCCCCCUGAAAUAGUUUUCCUGCCCUAGGUUCCUCUUUGAAGGUGAGUUUCCAGUUCACUGAGUAAAAAGUUUUUUUAUCCAGUGUGCAGAGCAGAUAGAGCUGGGUGCCUCCAAAGAGGAACCCCCUACACCAGAUUGCAACCCAAAUUACAUCUGUGCCACCCAUCAUCCAAUCCCCAAAUCCAGUAAUUUAAUUCUUGGUGCUGGUCCCUUGAUGUCAUAUUGAUUUUUUUGGUCACUGGGCUGGCCUCCUUUUGAAGAUAUUUCAUUCUUGGGAUUGGUUCCUUGGUCCAUGUUCAUUCUGCUUCUGUCUUGCCAGUUUCAGCUUGUUCAGUGUUUGUGACACCAUUUUUAUGAAAAAGUUUACACUCUCAUCAGCUCAUGUGCCCAAGGGCUCCAACUUGCUGGUCUUCCAUUGCAAAGCAAAGUUAUUAAUCCCAACAAUCCUCAAUACUGAGAAGUGUUUCAACACAUAAUCUAUAAACAGGCCCUGCACGUUGUCUUUUAAUCUACCUCCAUGUUUACCUUCAAAAUACCUCUUAAUUCACAGCAUCUGAAAUAUGGGGAAUAUUUACACUUUGUAAUACAACCAUUUUGGUAAAAAUAUUUUUUUAUAUCAGCAAUUUUUUUGUAUCUCAGAUGAUCAGUCACAUUACAGCUUAGUAAAUAACCAGCAAAAAAAGAACACUGAAGAACAAUAAAACCAGUUACAAAAAAUGUCCCUGUUUUAUUUUUAAUAGAUUAAUAAAAUUAUUAUCAUUCCUGGAAUAAUGUAUAUCUUCUCUAGAUGACCAUCCCUGCAGUAAAAUUUAUGUUUAUUCAUCAUCAUGUUUAAAAAAGAAAACACCUGCUCUUUUAUUUCUGCCAAAGUGAAAUACACCAGCUGGGCAAACAAAUAUUUGUAUUCUCUAGUUAACUGACUGAACAGUGAAUCAGAAAUGAGAAAUAGAUGCCAUACACCUGGACCAAAACCUGAAAAAAUCACAGACUGUCUGUAGGAAUUUUUUGCUACUUCCUGGGAUUUUGUGGGUUUUUUGGAGGGUUUUUGGUGGGGUGCUUUUUUUUUUGAUUUUUUUUUUUAAUGUUUGUUUUGUUUUUAUUAAUGACAUAAACCAGUAUCUGUUCUCAAACCUGGAUUUAUUUUCUUUAAUGGACGCAGAAUGCAAUUACCUGACACCCAAGACAAUUUAUUGCAAUGUUAGUUUCCCAGAGGCUUUAUUUCCCAUUUUAAAUAGAAGACAUUCUAUUUUAAAAUAAUUACAGUUGCAGGAGAAUUUAUUGACUGCAGCUAGGGAAAAAUAUUUGGUUUUACACACACCUUGAUGUAAUGUUUUCUGCCAGUGAAGUAAAUCAGCUGAGGUUAGAUGGUAAAUGAAAAAAAUUGAGACUUUGGGUUCCAAAUAACUGGUGUAAGGGUUGUGCCAUUCAGAGAACAGCACAGCUCAAGACAUGACACAAAUCUCACUGGAGGAGAGGGCUGAAAGUAGAUGGGAAUGUAGCUGGGAACUUCUCCCUUCCCAACUCACACACCUAUGAGGAAGGAAGAAGCAUUACAAUGAGCAGAGGCAGCUCUUUCCUCAAGGACUGGGGUCACAGAACCAGAGGCCUGUGUAGGUGGAAAGGGUGGUUUCAGUUAGAUUUCCUUCAUGCCUACAAAGAACCAAAAUAUUUGACCGUAACCCUAUCAAAGUGGGUGUCUCAAAAGCAUUCCUUGUCAAAAAUCAUAGAAGGUAUUAAUCAAAAAAGUUCAUCCUUUCAUUUUUAUCACUGAAAAUCUCAGAAAGCAAUUAUGAGCAUAAUUAAUUUUACAACUAGAAAACAAGUAGAUUUAAAAGAGUUACAGAACAGAUGGGAAUUUUAAUCCCACAUAAAAACCCACAUGAAACCUUUUUGUAUUGCGCUCCUGCUUAUAUUUCAUGUAGGUAUUUUUACUUGCAAAGGUCGUAGGAAAAUGGAUGAAGUAAUUCCUGAAAUAAGAAGAGAGCACACAGUGUUACAUCUGAUGUCUGAAUUUCUAAUAGAUGAAAGGAUAUUGAUCUCCUUUUUUGCAGUAUCAGAGCUGUGAAGAAAUGCACACAUCUCUGGUAUGCAUCCUCUUUUCUUUUUGUAGCAAAUAGAAGCCACCUCAACAAUAAAUAGUCUGAACA